GUUUUAUUUCCUACUCGGACAUGCUAUAAACACACUUAGACAAAAGCUGCGAUGUUCUGCAUUCUUUUAAUAUCACUGCUUCUUCUGAUGGUACAAUAUGUCAAUAUGAAUGCCUUGAGAGUAAAUGUGACUGACUGCUUUGUGGAUUAUGUAUGGGAUGUUGAAGAAAAAAAAUGCACUGCUUGUCCUAUAGGAUAUUUUGGGUUCAGCUGUAACACAGAAUGUGUGUACCCAUAUUAUGGAUUGAAAUGUGCAUUAAAUUGUUCAUGUCCUGAACGGAAAUGUCAUCAUAUUUACGGCUGCAACCAAAGACUAAUCGAUACAACUAUUAUAGAUUCGAAUUCACCAAAAACCUAUGAAAAACUGACUACAUUGUCACAUAUAACUAUUGGAAACAGCAAAUUGAAAGAAAACGAUGACCUUACAGUCAGCAAAGAUAACAGCAACAACGGCCAGACUGUUAUCACGGAAACAGAAAGUAAAUGGACACGCCCCGUUCUGUAUGGAAUAUUCGGGCUAGCCGGACUGUUGUUUUUCAUUACACUGGUUUAUAUUUUUACACAUCAACAAACUCAACGACCGACUGGUGUUGGGGUCCCUUAAUUUACUUAUUAACCAUAUCCGAUUAAGACAGCUACUUUUUGGGGGUUCUUUUUAUUAAUAAAUCAAUUGUAUUUUCUG